UUCCAGCUUGAAGCCGGUCUUCACGCAAACCGCCGUCAAUAAAAAUUCCAUUACCCCUAAAAUACAACCAGCCCAUGAAAAAGCCCCCAGAGGAACCCAAACCAACAGACCAUCGCACCCUCCACCUUCGGAAAUGGAUUCUCCAGUUAAAAACAGCAGCCAGCCAACGAAGCAGAUCUGUCCCUUCGGUGACAAAUGCUACCGAAAAAAUCCUGUGCACUUCAGUGAGAUGAGUCACCCCCACUUGGAGGAUUUAGUGGAGAAUCAACUAGAAGACCCAGUGCAGCUCCCCGACUCCCUGGCCUUCGAAUGCAGAGACAGAUCCCUCCUCCUGGACCAGCUGAAGAUCGUCCAGAUGAUCCUGCGCAAAGAGAGAGAAAUUCCCAUCUCAAAUGGCAGAAUGUCCUGCUCCCAGCUCACAAACUCUCAGUCCCCAGCCAGAGCCCUCCCAUCCCCCCAAAUCAGGAACUCUCCAGCUGCCCGCCUUCCCCUCGUCUCGAACCCCCAGGGCUCCCCAGUGUCAUCCACGAGGCACCUGACCCCCUCAACCCUCACCUCAAAGCUCACAAACUCCCCAGCAGCCCCUUCCCUAAAACGAGAGAUAGACUCCCCAGACUCCACAGAAGCCAAAAAGCCUAGAGAGCUUCCUCGAUCCCAGACUCCCCCCAGACCCUCCCAGAGCCCUCCCCCUCCCUCUCAAGGCCCUCGCCCUUCGAAAGCCCUCUCGAUCUUCGAGAGAUACCACACCUGCUCCACCCUGAAGUCUCGUGAAGAAUUCAGAAAGACAGCGAUGAUGCAGAUGAUAAGGGAGAACCAACCGAUCCCCUUCAUGGGGUCCAAGGGAGAAUUCGACAUGAAGUACGCACUGUCCUCACCCUACUUCGUCUUCCUGACAGCCGUGCAGGACUCACCGGAGACGUGGUCGCAGCCUUACUCGAUCACCUUCCCGGAAAUUCUGGACACGAGUCUUGGGGAGAUCGAGGAGAGCCUCCACAUCAACUUCAUGGUGGACAUUGGAUGGUUGUGCCUGCAGUACUUACUCGCCUGUCAGUCCCCGCAGAUGCUGGUGCUGCUGGGCCAGAGGUGUGACACUGUCCCCCUCCCAGAGAGCAUAAAAGUGGUGAAAGUCGAGCCCCCUUCGAAGUAUGGAACUCACCACUCGAAGAUUUCCGUCCUGAAGUACAAGACUGGGGUCAGGAUAAUUGUUUCGACAGCUAAUUUGUACGAGGACGACUGGCAGAAUCGAACACAGGCACUCUGGAUCUCUCCUCAUCUUCCGGAGCUUCGUGAAGGUGCUGAUAAGACUGAGGGCGAGUCGAAGACUGGAUUCAAGAGGGACUUCCUCAGUUAUCUUCAGAAUUAUGGGCCCAACAGGGUUCAGCACUGGUUAGACGUCCUCGAGAGGACUGACUUCUCGUCGAUUGAUGUCUUCUUUCUGGCUUCUGUUCCUGGGAAUCAUAAAGAGGGAAACAGGGAUCGCUGGGGGCUGAGGAGGCUGGGAACUCUGCUGUCCUCUCAUGCUGAACUGCCAGCUGAUGGGGCCAGAUGGCCAGUUGUGGCUCAGUGCUCGAGCAUUGGGAGUCUUGGGGCUGGUUUUCAGUCCUGGAUAGGAAACGAUCUGGUCACUACGCUCUCAAGUGAGACCAGGAAGGGCCUCAGGUCUGCCCCCAAUUUUCAGUUUGUCUAUCCCACUAUUGAGAACUAUAAACGGUCCUUCGAUAUGAGAGUUGGCAGCUGCUGUCUACCUUAUGGGGGUCAACUGCAUGCCAAGCAGAAGUGGCUCAGCAACUACUGCCAUCAAUGGAAGUCGAGUGAUAAGGCCAGGUGUCAAGCUAUGCCCCACGUCAAAUCUUACACGAGGAUUUCUCCGGAUUUUAAGAAGAUUCCGUGGAUGGUCAUCACCAGUGCUAAUAUGAGCAAGGCUGCCUGGGGAUGGGGAGGGAAGGCUAAUAACACGAUUCUUAGUUAUGAGGCUGGGGUUGUCUUCUUUCCAAAAUUUCUGACGAAUUCAACGACAUUCCCCAUUCAAGAGCCCGAUGAGACAGGCACACCCCCAUUUCCACUCCCCUACGAUGUCCCACUGACACCAUAUGGCCCCCAAGAUGAGAUAUUCACAUUUGACUUCUUCAAAGACUAAGUGCUGUCCUCGGAGCAUCGAUUAUGUCCCCGGAUAUCUAGUCACUCAAGCGAAUAAAAAGUAAAGACGCAUGUAACAUUGCUUAUCGCUGGUGAUUACCAUAAAAGAGACGUCUCUUCAUUCCUGAGUGUCUCCUCAUUAGAACUGAGAUAAUAAUCAGUAGUAAAUCAUCAUCACUCUGAAAUAUUUUCAUAAUUUUCUGUUAAAUAA